AGCCGGAAUUGCUCGAGCAAUGUAGUGAGAAUUUUAGCCCACAUGUGUACCUCAAUCAAUACCGAUGGAGCAUGCUGCCACUCAUGAUGAGCCGCAGCAGCUCAAUGAUGGGUCGGACCAGGUGAUCGACUCCAAACUCGGUGAUGCAUCGAGGCCUAUCGGCGCUAAACUCACAAAGUCAGAGGAUCUCGAGAAGCCACAGGAUCCUGAACUGCCUAUAGGAGCCCGCAACUCGAAGCUAAGCGAGCUCGAAGUGCCAAAAGAGUCUGCGCUGCCUAUAGGAGCAAGAACUGCAAAGCCCAGCGAGCUAGAAACGCCUAGGCCUAAUGAGUCUGAGGCGUCAUUUGCAGCAGAGAAAGGCCAAGGUGCUGGUCAGCCAGAGAGCUGGCGUCACUCCAAGCGUUUAGGUGGCUGGGACAAUCAAAGUACAACGACACUACGGCCAAAGUCGAGCUCACGAGGCAGAGGGCACAGUCGGAGUCGAGAGCGCAGAAAGGAGGAGCGCAAAGGGGAUGGCGAUGAGGGGCGCAAAGCAGGUCGCCGCUCUCCCAGACGCUCCCGAUCUAGACGCUCCCGGUCCAGACGCUCCCGGUCUAGGCGCUCUCGCUCGCAUCGGCAAGGGCGGCGCUUGCCCCGGCGCAGGUCUCCAAGACGGAGCCGCUCUAGGCGGCCGAACUGGCGACGUGAGCGGAACGAUGAGAGAGGAAAAGAUUCCAGGCCAAAAGCAGAGGAGGCUCCUGCUGAACCUGCUCCGGAGGCAAAGACACCUACCGGAAAAGGUCGCGGCAAGAAAGGUAUUGAAGCUCUUGAACAGUGGCGUCGGGAACCUGCAGCAAAGCCCAAAGGUGGCCAGCAGGAAUCUCCCGCUUUGAACCCGAGCAUGGGGUUCAGUGCAAUGAUGCAGCAGGCAGCUGCACAGGCCAUGGGGGCCAUGGCUCUUCAAGGCUUCAUGCAAUUUCCCAACAUGGCAGCUGCACCAGUGACCAUGCCUGCAGCGGUUCCACCGGCCGCCGUUCCACCUGCACCAACAAUGCAGGUGCCUCAGAUGCCCCAGCUGCCUCAGGUGCCCCAGGUACCUCAGACACUCAACGAGCCUGCUGCAGACCCCAACAGGGUGAGGAUAACGAAAGAAAGAGCUGUCCAGAUUCUCAAUGAGUUUCGUCAAGUCUUGGCGGAUGGAGAAAAUCUCCUGGAGCAGUAUCGGGAGGAGGGUUCGCUAGCCAUCCAGCCCCAGGCAUCAUCAGAGGAGAUUGUGGCUGACUUUCAAGCUGGGGCUAUUCCAAUUGAAGACAGGAAGCCAGAGGGCCCACAGGCGGAGGCUGCACCAGAGGAGGCUGCACCAGCGGAGGCUGCACCAGCGGAGGCUGCGCCAGAGGAGGCUGCGCCAGCUGCGCCAGAGGAGGCUGUGACAGCAGAGGCUGCGCCAGAGGUGCAGGAGGCUGGAGCUGAUGCGGCAGAUGAGCAAAUUGUGGCCGUCCAGGAGCCGCAAGCGCUGCAAGCAGUGUCUAGGUACGAGAUCCAUGGCUUCAAAAACCCCGAACUGAAUGGCAUCUAUGCGAUCAACGAGAACCCUGAUGCUAUUGUGAAUGGAAGAGCCACAUAUUGGAAGGGCAAGAAGGGGGAGCUGGGAUCCAUCUUCAUGUGUUGGAGCAACGAGAAGAGCAGGUGGCACAUCUCACCGCAAUUCGCCUCAGAAGACCUCUUCAGAGUGGUGCACAGAGGUGGAGAUCGAGGCGUAGCUGUCAGCACAGAAGAAGAGAGGAUUUGGCUUGAACUCUGGAAUGGACAGUGGGACGAGGUGGAGCUUCACAUCGGCUGUGAGAUGGAGGAGAACGGUGUCCUCAAAUUUGUUCCGGAUGCGUCGUCAAUACCAGAGCACAUCCAGGCUCAGAUGCGACAGGGUUCCCAAACCCGGCAACAAGAGUCUGCACCUGAAGGCCAGCCCUCACAAGGGGUGGCCAUCUCGGAGGUAGAAGUUGGGCAUGAAGAUCGAGAUGUUCAAGCCAUGGACAUGAAUGUCCCAGAAGACACAAGUGGCCAAGUUGACAUGGAGCAGCUCAAGUUGCCAGAGCACUUGCGACGUAAACCCAUCACACGACGUAUUGUGGAGUACGACACGCCGAGCUGGGAGGAGACAAGGUCCGGUAAUCAAUACCAAAGCAGCCAGAUGGAGGAGGAGGUGCAAGGAGUCAACAAUUGGAGCAAAGGAUCAGGUAAGGGUCAAGAUUUGGUCGAAAGGAUGCCAGACUGGCCAGGUGUUGAAAGAGAUGACGACAAGACGAAGGUUUCAGCAGCUAGCAAAAAGGGCAAGGAGGAGGAUAGUGACGAGCCUGGUGCUAAAGGAUCAAGGUCCAAGGGUAAAAAGAAGGAGAAAAAGAAGGAGAAGGAGAAGGAGAAAGAAAAAAGAACCCAAAAGACUGAAAAGACAAAAACCAAGAACGAGAAGGACAGAACGCCCAAGGCCAAGGCAAAAAACAAGAAAAGAAAGGAUUGAAGAUGCUGAAUGCCAAUGGACAGAACUUUCAGCGAGUUCAAAUGGCAACUUGUGUAAGGUGUGUAUUUUCCGUUGCUAGAGACAGUGGCUGGACCAAUGUGUCUAAUUUCGAUACUGCCAUAAUUCCUUAUUCAGGCCGGCAGAGUUUGCUAUCCUGGAGCGCUGUGAUGGUUUGUUUGAGGUGGUCACUUUGCAAUCAGGUACCGCCAGGCCUGGCAACCUAGUGAAUGGUACAGUUUCUCCCCUUUUAUGACAUGCCGUCUAUUUGAUGAAGGGUCAGUAAGGUUGAAAUGUUGAGUUGCUCAGAAUACCUGCUCAGACUGUUCCCUAUUGCUGGCUUAACAUGUUGCCGUUACAGUGCAACAUUGUAGUGGCUCCUUUGGCUCCAGAGUUGUGUCACUGCUUUGUCAUGCAUGUUGGCCAUGAGGAUGCUGAAGUUGAUGGAUCAAAAGGGCCAAGUAAGCGUUUAAAGGUGAUUUGAGCAGAAAACCUGAGCCGCACACUCAGUGUAGCGGCAGUAACGGU